CUCUCUUUCUCCUCUUUAGUUUCACCUUUCUUAUUCUUCUUUCCCUUCUUCUCCAUUCCCGAACGCGGCUCCGGGAGCUCCUGUCCGACCCCAUAUGACUGAUGACAAACAGAUGACAUGUAACGAACACAGAAAUGAUUUUUUCUGCAGCUCAUAUGAUGCGCACACACGUACGAUGUGUGCCCCGAAGUGAGACGCUCCGACAUGAUGGGAAACUUCCGCUGGAUUCUCGGAAAACUGCGGGAAAUAUCGACUAAGUACUGCUGACAGAGACCAGGACAAAUGACAUAGGAUGAACACUGCUGGUCGGCUCUGUCUGUCUGUGCUGUCAUCCCUUCUCGCUCUGGCCUGGGGUGUGGAGCUGCUGGGCCAGGGCCACCCGUGCUCCUCGCUGGUGGCGGGGGUGCUCUACGGCUCCUUCUCGCUCAGGGACCUCUUCCCAACGCCAGCCUCGGGCUGCUCCUGGACCGUGGAGAACCCGGACCCCACCAAGUAUUCGCUCUACUUUCGCUUCAACCGCCACGCGGGGGCCUGCCUGGGCUUCCGGCCCACCGUGCUGCCCCUGGACCACUACCUCGCCAACCAGACCUGUGCCCCGUCGGAACAGCGGCCGCCAGAGGCCGUGGACUUGUGCCGCACCACCGGCACCCACGCUUUCCUGCAGUUUGACAAGAACUUCGUGCAAGUGUGUCUGGCGGGAGGGGCGGAGACCGAGGCGGCACCCGUCGCUGCCGAGACACUGGCCUUCGGCCUGGUGGAGGUGCUGCUGAUCAACAACGAGAAUUCCAGCCAGUUCACCUGCGGCGUGUUGUGCCGCUGGUUUGAGGAGUGCCUGCGAGUCGGGCGGCCCGGCGAGCGCUGUGGCAUCACCCAGACCGGCUGCGUCUGCCCGGACGUGGCCCCGCCCCUUCCGCUGCUCCCUGCCACACCCCACAAUGACUCCUCCUCCUCUGUUUCCAACGUCAUCUUGACAACGCCUGAUGACUGCUGCGUCACGGAAUUGCACUCCAAGAAAGUCAUCGCUGUUGCUCCUCGGGAUGUCAGGCAAGACCCGGAGGAUGAGGACCAGAAGGUGAAGACACAGCGGCCGAGGUCAGCAGACCAGCCAGGGGUCUUCCAGGCCCAAACGGGUGAUCCUGCGGCAGAGGCCUGGUCCCAGUGGAGCGUGUGUUCGCUGACAUGCGGUCAGGGCUGGCAGGUCCGCACUCGCUCCUGCGUCUCCUCGCCUUACGGUACGCUGUGCAGCGGCCCACUGAGGGAGACGCGCACGUGCAACAACACCGCCACCUGCCCAGUGCAUGGGCUAUGGGAGGAGUGGUCUCCGUGGAGCCUGUGUUCGGUCACAUGUGGGAGGGGCUCUCGGACCCGGACCCGGAGCUGCGUAGCCCCCCAGCACGGCGGCAAGGUCUGCGGUGGUCCGGAAGUGCAGUCCAAACUCUGCAAUAUUGCAGUGUGCCCCGUGGAGGGCCAGUGGCUGGACUGGGCACCCUGGUCUCGGUGCUCCGUGACCUGCGGCACCGGCUCUCAGCAGAGGCAGAGGAGGUGCAGCGUGUCCGUUCACGGCUGGGCUGAGUGCAAGGGGCCGCACCAGGAGACGCGGGAGUGCAGCAACGCGGACUGUGGCAGUGAUGGAAAAUGGGGGCCCUGGAACCAGUGGAGCCUCUGUUCAAAGACCUGCGACUCUGGCUUGCAGCAGCGCUUCCGCAUGUGCCAGGGCACCGGGAUCAAGGGCUACCCUUGUGAUGGCUCUGGGGACGAAGUACGCACUUGCAACGCCAGGAAGUGCCCAGCGCUCCACGAGAUUUGCCGAGACGAGUACCUCCUGUCUAUGACCUGGAAGACGGCCUCAGCCGGCGAAACCGUGUACAACAAGUGUCCAUCAAACGCAACUGGAUCUGCUAGUCGUCGUUGUUUGCUGGACGCUAAUGGAGUUGCUUACUGGGGUCCUCCGAGCUUCGCCCGAUGCAUCUCACUUGAAUAUCGAUAUUUACACCUUUCACUCCGAGAGCAUCUUGCGAAGGGUCAGAGGACCCUGGCAGGGGAAGGCAUGUCUCAGAUCGUGAGAAGUCUCCUCGAGUUAAUGUCCCGGAAAAACUAUUACAGCGGCGACCUCUUAUUCUCCGUGGAGAUUCUCCGAAAUGUGACGGACACCUUCAAACGAGCAACCUACAUCCCAGCUCCCGACGACGUGCAGAAAUUCUUCCAGGUAGUCAGUUAUAUGUUGGACAUUGAAAACCGAGAGAAGUGGGAGGAUGCGCACCAGGUGGCUCCUGGUGCAGUCCUGCUGAUGCGAGUGGUUGAGGACUUCAUCCAUCUGAUCGGGGAGGCUCAGAAAGCCUUCCAGAGUUCCCUCUUCGUCACCAACAACCUCAUGAUCACCAUCCAGCGGGAACCAGUCUCGGCCGUUUCCAGCGACAUCAACUUCCCCAUGAAGGGUCGGAGAGGGAUGAAGGACUGGGCUCGCUCCUCCGAGGAUAAGCUCUUCAUCCCCAAGGAGGUCUUCACGCUCUCCUCUGAAGAAUCAGAUGACACAUCCUACUUCGUGAUGGGAGCGAUCCUGUAUCGUACAUUGGGACUCAUCCUGCCGCCUCCCGAGAGCCCUCUGGUCAUCAACUCCAAGAUCCUGACGGUGACAGUCCGGCCUCUUCCCAAGCCGAUUGAGCCCAUGGUGGUGGUGGAGCUGUCACCGGUUUUCAAUGGAACGUCAGAGCCUCACUGUGUGGUCUGGGAUUACGGCAGCUCAGAGACUGGCACACAUAACUGGGACACAGAGGGCUGCCAGACUCUCCCAUCUCCGGCGGUCCACACCAAAUGUCUCUGCAGCAAGCUCUCCACCUUUGCCGUUUUAGCGCAGCUGCCUAAGGACCAGGACAUGGGACCAUCCAGCACACCAUCAGUGCCGCUCAUGGUGGGUUGUGGGGUCUCCUGCACCGCUCUGCUCAUUCUGCUGCUCAUCUACGCGGCCUUCUGGAGGUACAUCCGCUCGGAGAGGUCCAUCAUCCUGGUCAACUUCUGCCUCUCCAUCCUGGCCUCCAAUGUGCUCAUUCUCGUGGGCCAGUCCCAAACCCUCAGCAAGGGGCUGUGCACCAUGACUGCGGCCUUCCUGCACUUCUUCUUCCUGGCCUCCUUCUGCUGGGUCCUGACCGAGGCGUGGCAGUCCUACCUGGCUGUGAUCGGCAAGAUGAGGCCACGUCUCAUUCGCAAGCGUUUCCUGUGCCUGGGCUGGGGUCUCCCAGCGCUCGUCGUUGCCGUGUCGGUGGGCUUCACCAGGGCCCGGGGUUACGGCACGCCGAACUACUGCUGGCUGUCUCUAGAAGGGGGCCUGCUCUACGCCUUCGUGGGUCCCGCCGCCGUCAUCGUGCUGGUGAACAUGCUGAUCGGGAUCGUGGUGUUCAACAAGCUCAUGUCCCGGGACGGCAUUUCGGACAAGUCCAAGAAGCAGAGAGCCGGGGCGUCGCUGUGGAGCUCCUGCGUGGUGCUGCCCCUGCUGGCGCUCACCUGGAUGUCGGCCGUGCUGGCCAUCACGGACCGGCGCUCGGCGCUCUUCCAGGUGCUCUUCGCCGUCUUCGAUUCGGUGCAAGGCUUCGUCGUGGUCACCGUGCACUGCGCCAUGCGGCGGGAGGUCCAGGAUGCCGUGCGGUGCCGGAUGGGGGUCUGCAAGGACGACAGCGAGAACUCUCCGGACUCCUGCAAGAACGGCCAGGUGCAGAUCAUGACAGACUUUGAAAAAGACGUGGACCUCGCCUGUCAAACAGAAAGAGGACACCCAUUCAUUUUCAAGGAGGUGAACACUUGCAACCCGGCCACCAUCACGGGCACCCUGUCUCGCAUCUCGCUGGACGAUGAGGAUGACCCCAAGCUGGCAGCUCACCAGGAAGGCGGAGUCAACUUCAGCAGCCUCCCUGGCAACAUCCCGCCCCCUAACCUGCUUGUGCAGGUUCCGCCUCUGGGGGGCCUCAAUGAGCUGAGCGAGCAGCCCCUGAAGAAGGAGGUAAAUGUGGAGCAGCAGCACCAGAGGGCAGCGCCAGUGUACCUCUGCACAGAGAGCGGCUUGGGUUGGGCCAAACCACCGGAGGGCGGGGCCACGGAGGGGGACUACAUGGUUCUGCCCCGCAGGACCGUCAGCCUGAAGCCCCCACCCCCGAAGGACGAGGGAAAGCCGCUGAACAUCGCAGUGGAUGACCCGCCCUUCCCGCCGCCACCCUCCCCCCUGACGCUACACCCAGCCGAAAGCGAGGCCUACCCAGACUUGGCGUCGGUCGACCACAUCGGCGUGGGCCUCAACCGCUCGUACGGCACGCUCAAGCAGCUGCCUGCGCACGCCCACCCGCUCCAGUUCCAGCAGCGCCCCUCAGUCCGCCAGAUCCUAGCCUCCGGCACGGUGGAGCGGACCAGAACCCUGCCCCGAAACCUGGGCAGCACCAGCACCAGCACCAGCCUGUCCGUGGGCUCCCUGGAAAGGAAAAGAGUACGAUACUCUGAGCUGGACUUUGAGAAAGUGAUGCACACUCGCAAAAGACACUCAGAGCUCUACCAUGAACUCAACCACUCCAACAAGUUCCACACCAUAGACAGGUAUAGCAGGGACCCUGCCAUGUCUACCUUCAAGAGGGAGAAGAGAUGGAGCAUUUCGUCUGCCGGAGGUGAAAAGAAUUCCUCGAGUGACAAGUCGACCCCGGACGACCAGCACUCCUGGGACACUUUUAAGACCAUGACCCUCGGCCCCUCGUCCGGUCCCAACGAGCAGAAGGACAAGUUGGAGCUACACAACAAGACCUGGGACGCGCCCUCCGCCAUCACCCCCGACACGUCCGAGGGGGACUUCCAGACCGAAGUCUGAGGCCAGCGAGGAAACAGCAGACACACACACACACACACACACACACACACACACACACACACACACACAGAGAGAGAGUUAUACGCAAGCAUACAGCUCAUGUUCAGCCUCACAAACAUGCAGAUGCGUAAAACUGUCAGACUUACCGGACUUGCGCACUAACAAACAAGUUUACAUCCUAUUCUAAGACUCACACAUCCAUGUGAUUCAUACACACGCUGUCUCACACACACAUGUUUACGGCAGAAAGGACAAACAAGGAAAAGAAGACUCUAUUUUCACAUAGACACUUUAACAAAAGGAACGGGGGUAGGAUGUGGGGAAUUUUUUUUAAAAAAAAAAGCAAAAACAAAAAAACUGUUUCUGAAAUGUCUUGAUUUUUCUUCGGAAAGGAUUCUCUUUCACUGAUUUGAUGAUGAAACCAAGUAUUUCUGCACCCUUCUUUUAUAGAAACUGAUUUCUCACAGAUUUUUGCCCAUGAUCGAGUCCUUUAGACAUGUUUUCCUUCCCCUAUACCUUUGUUUCCUCGAUGGAUGAUUCAGGCUUUCUCUCAUGGAUGACAAUGAGGUGGGGAUGUGGGGGUGGGGGGGGCGGCGGGUCAUUAAUAAAUGCCGUCCACUGCUUUUUCUAGCAUUGAAGAUAAU